AUGAAUAAAAUAUAAUUCCACUCUUUGCAGGUAAUACCUACAAAAAUUGAAUUCACCAUAUUCAAGCCACAAUUGAAUUAUAUUGUAAAAUAGGUUCAUCGUUUAAAAUGUGUAAUGUUAAGCAGAAAGGAUAUUGAACUCAUAAUAGAUUAAAUAAUAUUUAUUGUCGAAUUAUUGAUUGCUGGUUAAGUAUUUCUUAAUUUAAAAUAUUAGUUUGGCACACCUUCAUUAGCUUAUUUGGAUGAGUUGCAUAAAACCUUAGUUACUACUUUCAAUUCAUUUAAACAGGAUUAAUUAGGAUAUGUGAUAGCAAAUAUGGAGACAUUAAAAAAAUAGACAAAUUAAGAUUAUUUGAAGGGCUUUAAGAAAGGAAGUUCUAGAAACUUAAAAAUAGCAAAUCAGUUAUAAAAGUAUAAGAAAUAACAAAAAAUUAUAGAAUCUAGAAAAGAAUACUUUCAGUCAUUCGAAUAGUGUAUGCCUAAUUAUUCUUAUUUUGGUUGGAUGAGCAUUAACCAGAUUAAAGUACUGCCUUGAAAAGUAAGCGCGUCUUCGUUGAAACUAAAACGUAAAUUAAAAUAAUCAUUAAUUAAUUAAAAUAGAUUAUUGCAAAGUAAAUUAAAAGAAUUAGAUUUAGAAAAGCAUAGUAAAAUAGUGUGCAGAAUUUGCGAGUAAUUAAUAGAGGUAGAAAUUAUGACAGCCCAUUGUAUAACUUGUGAGAAAAAAGCUGAGCAAAGCAAAAAAUUAUUAUAAUUAAAUUUAUAACUAGCCGAUGCCUCUUAACUUGCAUAUAAAUUGAAACAUGACGUCUAAAUUAAAUUAGGUAAACUCAGUUUAUAAGAACAAAAACAAAAUCGAUUAAAACAAAAAAAGCAAGAGGAGGAGAAAAAGCCAUUAAGAUCCUUAAGAAGGACUCAUACAAUCCAUUUGGAAGAUAAGAAAAUCUAAUAAGAGGAAGAAGAAAAGAAUAAAUCAAAGAAACAAUUAGCUUUAAUUAAUUCUGUCAUGACAAUAAUCGUAAAUUACACUGAAAAAGUCCUUAAUAGCAAUGCCAAUAAUGAGGACAAUAAAUGUAAGUCUAUCAUUAAAUAUAGUAAAUCGUAUCACAUUUGAUGAAUUGACUGAUGCCAAAUGCAACAUAGAAACCGAUGACAUCAAUCAGGAGAUCUUAGAUAUCAUCGAUAAGGCUAGAUCCUGUAUAUAUGAUAGGAUGGAAUACUUUAAGAUCUUAUAAAACUUAGAAACUCAACAAAUCCAAGAGAGUUAGAAAAUCAAACCUAAUAUUGAGAUAGAUUUGAAACAGAAAUAUAAGAAUUCUAACUCUAGUUCAUUUAGAUUUUCGAAAUUCAAUAAUUCAACAGGUACAAGCUAACAAAAAUUAAAACGAAAUGAAACCAUUUACGAAGAAGAUUAUGACAAUCCAGAAUGUCAAACUCCUAGGGUAAAUACAGCUAAUAAAAAAAACAAUAUGAUGAUCAUGUCACUUAUUAAGUAAAUUGUAAUUGAUGAUUAUUAGUAAAGAUAAAUUUAAUGUCACAAAUACAGGAAGUGCCAAUGAAAUCAAGAGGAGAGAUAGUUUGACUAUGAUGACCAUGACAAGAUCCUAAGGAUUAGGCAGUAAUUAAAUGAAGAGAACCUAAGUAAACAAGGGAAAUUUAGAUGAACCAAUGUAAUUCCAAUCCAAUCCAGGAUCCAAGAUCUUAGAUCGAAUUGGCAAUCUUUCCAACUCCUCUGAUGCGUUAAUGAGUCCAACAUCAAAUAAGCCAUCCUUAUUUAGAAAGGCUCAAUCUCCAACUGCAGUAGACUCAGUUAUUGAAUCCCCAGUUUAAACUCCAUUAGGCCGUAUGGCUUCAUCAGAAUAAGACGAGUCUCCAAAUAAUUAAAAGAUCUGCUCAUUUGCCGAUCUGCCUUAAUGCGAUUCUGAUUAAGAGUUUCCACUUAAAAAAUAAUAAAGAGUUCCUUCCAUUGGUCUAGGGAGAUAGGUUGAUUCAAUUGAAGAAAUUCAAAAAGACAAAGAUCAAAACAUUAUAAAUUCAUUUGAGAAUAUCAAUCAAUGCGAUUCUGAUUAAGAAAAUAAAUCAAAUUAAGCUAAAAAUUCAACACCUAAUUCUAAUUAAAAUUCGAAUUAAGAAAUGAAAAACUCUUAAUAAAAUAGUAUGAAAAAUAGUGGAAGGAAUAUCAUGAUGAAUAUAAUGAUGAAAGGGAGUCGAAAAUUACCCAUACCUCCUUAAUAAUAAGAAAUAACAAGACCCUUACAUAUCGAUUUAGGCUUAACGCAAUCUGAGUAGAUAUUAGAAGAAUCGCCAAUCACAGCUUCACCUCCUAAAAAGGAUAAAAAUGAUUUGAGUCCUAGUAGUUCAUCUUCAAGCAACAAUAUAGACAUAGUGAAACAAGAUGAAAUUAAUAUAGAAGCGGAUUUCGAUAGAAUUAUGAGAAAACCUAAAAAAAGUAUUUUCCAUCCUGAAAAUUCUAAGAACAUUAUGGCAAAAAACAGUAUGAAACAAAGUGUAGCUGUACAACCUUAGAAAUCAAAGCAAUCAUUCGAUUUUGAAGUGAUAACUGUUGACAGAGGAUAUAAUUCAGAUUCAGAAUUAGUUAGCAUUAAUGCAGAAAAAACACUAUAAUCUUAAGAAAUAGGUUUAAAGGACUUCGAAUUUGUUAAACCAUUGGGACAAGGAGCAUUCGGUUGGGUAUUCCUAGUGAAAAAGAAAACCUCUGGAGACCUAUAUGCCAUGAAGAUUAUUGAUUGUUCUUAAAAAGUAUUAUUUUUCUUUAUUUUAUUUAGCAAUUAGAAACAUAAUUAGACACUUUGAAAGCUGAAAGAAAUAUCUUUGAAAUACUCUCUGGAGACUUUGUUGUGAAAGCUUACUAUUCGUUUAGUCAUGAAUAAUAUUUGUGCUUUGUAUAGGAAUAUAUGGUGGGAGGAGACUUUUCGCACAUUUUAAAAAUGUAUACGGUAAUUCGAAUUCUUAUUUAAAGGCUUUAGAUGAGGAAUACGUAAGGCAUUAUAUAGCUGAAGUGGUUUUAGCCUUGGAGUAUUUGAGAUCCAAGAAGAUUGUGCAUAGAGAUUUAAAACCAGAUAACAUUUUAUUGGAUAAAUAAGGACAUGCUAAAUUGGCUGAUUUCGGACUCUCAGAAGUCGGAUUCAACAAUAGAUUAAAAUUAAAAUUAAGAUAACAGGAUAUUGAAUCGUAUAAUAUUAAUUCGAUUAAUUUUUAGUAAUACAAUACCAGAGUUUGCAGAUCACAAUGAUCCACAAUACAAUACUGUUUUUGAUUUAAAAUUACCUCAAGCAUAAUAAGUGAUCAAAACUAGUAUACAAGAUCAUAGCAGUAAAAGUAAAAGGAUUGUUGGAACUCCUGAUUACAUAGCUCCAGAAGUAUUGAAAGGAGAAUCACUAACUAAUAGUAGUUUGGAUUACUGGAGUUUAGGAGUAAUAAUGUACGAAAUGCUUUGUGGAAUUCCUCCAUUCAAUGACGAUUCUGUUGAAAAGAUAUUUGACAAUAUAUUAAAUUAUAGAAUUGAAUGGCCAAAUGUAAGUGACAUAGAAGAGGAAAGUAUUUCAUAAAAUGCAUAUGAUCUGAUGUGUCGUUUGAUGGAACCAGAUUAUACAAAGAGGAUUGGACAUUCAGACAUUGAUGAAAUUAAAUAGCAUCCCUUUUUUAAUGGUAUUGAUUGGAAUACUAUUCUUUAAAUGCCUGGGUUGAUUGUACCAAAAAUGGUACUUAAAGAAGGCGAAAAUGAGGGAAAGAAUUGUGAGAAAGUUUAAUAAUUUUUAAAUAAUCUUGAAAAAAAAGAAGUCAAAAAUUAAACAUUAGCAUCUAAAUUAAAAAGUUAAUUAUCAAAUUUAGAAAGAUUAGAUUUAUUAGUUAAAUUAAGUUUGGAAGAAGCAAAUGAUAAAUUGUAAUAAUAAGUAUAAAUAUUAGAUCUAAGAUCCGCAACAAUGAAAAUAAAUUAAAGCGAAUCUUAAAUAAAAUAGAUCAUUAUGAAUAAGAACAUUAAACCUAAAUGCUUCUUCUAUAUGAAGAUGUUUUUUGA